ACCGAAGAGAAAGGACACAAAAGUGGAUAACACAGUGAAGGAUACAAUAAAGCAGGGUACAAAGUGACUGUCAUGCACUUUGAGUGUGGGCUCUGAAGUACAAUAUGCUGAUAUUGGACUACAUGAAACUGAAAACAAAAGUAUUUGAGCAACCAGAAUAAUUCCAUCAGUUUUCUCAGUCAUAUUAAUGAUGAAAAAACAAUCAACAAAAAAAGAAUCCCUUCUUUCCACCAGCAUCAGCUUUGAACAACAGAGGAAUAUAAAGCCUGAUGGUGACAAAGGGUUAUAACUUUCUGUUUUUUCACUGUGCAUCCUCCCCGGUUUCAGAUUUAGCAAUGGAUAUUCUUUGUGACGAGGAGAACCCAACUGCAAACUCCUUAAUCCAAUUAAAUCAUGAGAGAAGACUCUACAAAAAUGGUUUUGUGCCUGGAGAGGUUAACGCAUCUCAUCUGUUUAACUUGACCGUGGACUCCGAAAACCUAACUAAUCUUUCAUGUGAAGGUAGCCUGACUCCGCCGUGUUAUUCAUCAUUAUUUCAUCUUCCAGAGAAAAACUGGCCAGCUCUGCUGACAGUUAUAGUGAUUGUUCUAACCAUUGCUGGAAAUAUUCUUGUUAUCAUGGCUGUGUCACUGGAGAAAAAGCUACAGAAUGCCACUAAUUAUUUUCUAAUGUCACUUGCAAUAGCUGAUAUGCUCUUGGGUUUCCUUGUCAUGCCUGUGUCAAUGUUAACCAUACUGUAUGGAUAUACAUGGCCUCUGCCUACAAAACUCUGUGCUGUCUGGAUCUAUUUGGAUGUGCUUUUCUCUACUGCCUCCAUCAUGCACCUCUGUGCCAUCUCUCUGGAUCGCUAUAUUGCCAUACGAAAUCCCAUCCAUCACAGCCGCUUUAACUCCAGAACUAAGGCUUUCACAAAAAUAAUUGCUGUUUGGACCAUAUCUGUUGGUAUCUCAAUGCCAGUACCUGUGCUUGGACUACAAGAUGAUUCCAAAGUGUUCAAGAAAGGUAGCUGCCUGCUGGCUGAUGAGAACUUUGUCUUAAUAGGCUCUUUUGUGGCGUUCUUCAUUCCUUUAACCAUCAUGGUGGUCACCUAUUUUUUAACUAUAAAAUCACUUCAGAAAGAAGCUACCUUAUGCAUUAAUGACAUUGGCACAAAGACCAAGUUUGCUUCAUUUAGUUUUCUCCCUCAAAGUUCUCUGUCAUCAGAGAAACUCUUUCAACGCUCUUUGAACAGAGAGCUGGGGAAUUCAGGAAGGAGGACUAUGCAGUCAAUCAGUAAUGAACAAAAAGCUUCCAAGGUUCUUGGUAUCGUCUUCUUUCUGUUUGUUGUGAUGUGGUGCCCGUUUUUCAUCACCAAUGUGAUGGCAGUCAUUUGCAAGAAAUCCUGCAAUGAAGAAGUCAUUGGAGGACUGCUUAAUGUAUUUGUCUGGAUUGGCUACCUUUCUUCGGCUGUCAACCCAUUAGUAUACACACUGUUCAAUAAAACCUACCGUUCUGCUUUCUCACGUUAUAUUCAGUGUCGAUACAAGGAGGAGAAGAAGCCUUUACAGUUGAUUUUAGUGAACACCAUACCUGCUUUAGCAUACAACUCCAGCCAACUCCAGCUAGCACAAAUGAAGAGUUUAAAAAAAGAGGCUAAAAUGAUGGCCAAGGAUUAUUCCAUGGUUACAAUCGGAAUACAUCCUUUAGAUAGUACCUCAAAGGGCAGUAUUAGCCCAGUCAGUGAAAAGGUUAGUGGUGUGUGACUCUGCUAGCCUGUCAACAGCUGCCAUGGCAACCAAUGGUAUGUACUCAGAAAACUUCAUCUAACUCUGAGAAGCUUUGAUAGCUUAGGAACAUUAGCCCUGUCUAAGAGAACUUCAAUAGCAUCACAUACACACGUUAUCCAGUUAAUGACAAACAGGGUUAAAAUGCUAUCAAAUGUGCAUUUUUUUCAUACAGUAUUUCAGCUGUUUUAAGCACAGGCUUUAUUAAACUUAUUUUUUUAGUAUCCUAAAUAAUAUAUUUCUUAAAGAAAACAAUUUAUUGUAUUAUUAUACCAUGGGCUGUGAAGAAAUUAAUGUGUUUCUUUUCCUUCUGCAAAUGAAAACAAAGCUAUUGUUUGGUUUACUUGCUGGUUACAUUUGAAUUAAUUUGUCUUGCUACAAUGUAAUUUUAUCAUUAACUGAGUGAGCACUUUACAGGAUUUUACAGGAAAAGAAAACAAGUUAAUUUAUGGAUAUAUAUUUAAAAUAAAAUAAAUAUUAAAGAAAAUGCUAUGAAAAUCUGUAUAGAUCAACUAUGUGAAAAAUUUGGUGUUUUUAUGGCUAUUUUUCCUUUCCAAUUACAAUUCUGAAAUGUUGUUGGGUUUUCU